ACUAGUAGAAUGACUACUACAGAACACCAACAUUUUAAUAUUGUACACAACAACAAUAAUGUCCAAACUUCAACACCAACAACUACUAGAACAAUUCAACAACAAACAUUUAAUGGUGUCAAUUCUUCGUUAAAUCACCAUUAUAAUGGUCAACAACGUCAUAAACAUCCUAGAACACCCGUGCCUUUGCCAUGUCCUCCAGCAGCUGCCUUCCUUCCCUAUUAUUCAAAUAGUUAUUUUUCUUCACCACAACCAGUACCACCACCUCAUUCUCUUCGUCCUGGCAUUUUAGGCAUUGCUUGUAGUAAUAAUUCUUCCUCCCCUCCAUAUCAACAUCAAAAUUCUUCUAAUGUUGAAGAAGAAAUACCUGUACCUGAAGGACUUUUGGAUUUUGCUGAUUUGGAAUUAAAUUGCACAAAAGAUUGUAGCAAUAAUGAACUUGUUAUGGAACCAAUUUGGGAACAAAGAGAACGUCCUUUCCAAAUAACACAAGGAUGUGCUAGUAUUUUACCUAACCCAAAGGAAACACCGGCUAACAUUAUUCCACCAGAAAUGGAAGAAACAAGUCAGAGUUGGCGUCAAUAUGCUGUAGCUUCACUAACUGGGCAUCGUUUGAGCGUGACUUCACAACCACGCCGAAAAAUUAGCAAAAUCAGUACAUCAGCAAUUGACGGCAAAAAUGGAAGUAAUGAAACAGACGAAGUUAAUGUAUUGGAUGAUAAUAAUGAUGGGGAGGAUUUUGAGGAAGAAGAGGGAGGAUUUAGAGAGCGCUGUACAACUGUUACUUAUAGGGUGGGUGAAUUGAAUUUAAUUUUUUCUCAAAAAUUUCUUUCUUUAUCAUGACUCUCUUGGGCUUAAGAUUCUAUUUCUAAUCUAUGUUGACUUUUGGUUUCCGCCCUUUUUAUUGAGCUUCCUCCUUUUUGGAAAUUCUAGAAAUACCCUCUAGUCUUGUAUCUAUUUAUUUAUUUAUUGCUCCAAAAAUCACAAUUUUUUACCAAAUAUCUACACUCAAAAAUAGUUCACUCUCUUUCUCUCUAUCCCAACAAUUUAUAAAUAAACUUUACGA